AAAGUAGUGCAGUUGUAGCUCUAGCUGUAGGUGUACUUGAGAUCAUCUGACUUUGUAAUUGCUCAAAGUCAUUGGAUAUGGAUUGCAAAAAUGUCUGGGUCUGGAAGGUUGGAACUUGUAAUGCUAGCUUUCCAUACGUACAGAAUCUGUAUUGCAUAAACAACAAAAGGCGCAGCCUCUUUUCUACAGGCAAAAACGCAACUUCUCAUGCGGAUUGCCUAUGAGAAAGCGUUCUGGAAAGUUGUCAUGCUUGGUUGCAUUCGGAACUGUUUCCAUCAUCCACAUUUUAGCAUCACAAGUUUCCAGACCCAGACAUUUUUACAUCUGAUAUUGAAUUGCGCCACCACCCCGUCCGGUAGUUCUUGGGAAAUAACUUGGAUUUGCACUUCUAUCUUCAAACAUGUCGAUACGUGCCUCUUAUCCUGUGCAAAAGUUUCGUACUCGUAUAAAUGCAUUACAAAUUUCCUCAGCAUGAGAAAGAAAAUUUGUAAUGCAGAUUUGCCUUGGAAACAAGAUUUGUAAUGCUAAACUGGCAUUUGUACGAUACUUUUGCACAGGAUACCUCUGGGCCGCCGUCCUCCGCGGUCGUAAAAGCCCGGGAAAUAUCAACUGCAGAAGUGUCUGGGUCUGGAAAGACGGAACUUGUUAUGCGCAUCUCGCAACACAAACAAAAAUCUCUCAUGCAUAGACAGCAAGAGUUGCCCAUUUUUUUCACCGGAAUAAUAGGCGAUUCGUCAUGCGGGUUAGGCAAUGCCGCAGCUUCUCAAAACCUGUGAUGCUAGACCUUGCUUGCCAGACCUUCCGGGUCAUGGAAAAACAGCAUGAGAAAAAUCUGCAUCCUUCCAGACCCAGACACAUUUGCAUUUGAUAGGAAAUCGAGUCUGAGGACGAGAUAUUAUCCUGUGCAAAAGUAGCGCACUCGUACUAAUUGGAGGCAUGCAUGACAAAUUUCCUUUCCAAGGUAAAACAGCAUGACAAAAUCAAUUUUUCGAAGACUACCACUUGUAAUGCAAUUUAUACUAGUACGAAUAUGAUGCUAAUGCUUUUGCAAUUCAUAGAUACAACGAAUCUACAACUGGAUGGACGACAUCGAGCUUUCGCGCCCGAGGAAAAACAUCGCCCGAGACUUCGCCGACGGGCUUCUUGUUGCGGAAGUUGUUUCACAGUAUUUCCCGCGACUAGUCGAGCUUCACAACUACAGCAGCGCCCAUUCCCACGCCCUAUCAAAGGUAAAAAUGUCUGGGUCUGGAAGAUUCCGGGAUUUGUGAUGCAUAUUUUGUAUGAUCCAUGACGCAUGCAAUGCAUGAUCUAGCAUCACAGAUUUUUAGAGGGCUUCCUGAUGCCUAUUGCGCAUAAGAAAUGCCCUCUCCGUGCAACACAAACUGGAUCCCUGUUGCUGGUCACGCAAUGCAGAUUUUUUUGGAAUCCAAAGACAGCGUGACAAGUUGCAAUUUUCCAGACCCAGACAUUUUUGCAAUCCAUACGCCCAGAAGUCUUACAACUGGAAUACCCUGAACAAGAAAGUUUUGCUAUUACAAUGAAAAAUGCCCCCUCCCCAUCAAAACGGAAAUCUGUGAUGCAAUUUUGUGGUCACAAGUCAGCUUUGUGAUGCUAGAAGGCAAAAGAUCCGGACUGUAGUGCUGUCUAGCGUGGGAAAGCCUUGCAGCUCCAGGAUGACAGGAGGCAACUGGAAGUGGGAAACAGCAUGACAGAUUGCCUGCAAUUUAGGCCGCAACUUCGUCUCUUGGCCUUCUAGCAAUACAAGCCCCCGAUUUGUGUACUCAAAUACAGCAUCACAAAUUCGCGCAUCUUCCGUUUCCGAUAUGGGGUGGGGGGAUUUUUCCUUUCGAUAUUUGCGAAAGCUCGGCUUUCAGUUACACCCCGGAGACAUCGACGAUGUGAUCAAAGCCGUGCCCGGGGCGAUAGAAAAGGUUUCUAUAUUUUUGUGUUUUUAUUCUAAAAUGAAGAAUUUGAUGUCCCUGGCAACAUUUCGGACGAUCGUGCCAGAAGAUUUUCUUCUGCUGCCAGGAUGAUCGUGUAGCUCAUGCUUGCUGUUGUACCGUUCAGAAUGAGAUCUUGAUCCUAUAAUUCAUGGUGCUGAUCGACUACAUGAACAUGAGUGGAGGGGUACUAGAAAAUGAAAACGUAAACAUCAUCACAAAAUAAAAAUGCAGGUGCUCGUCCUCUUGCAACACUACAUAUCAAAUGCAAAAAUGUCUGGGUCUGGAAACUUGUGAUGCAAGUCAGGGAAAAAUGCGCAUAAGUAUAGUAAUGCACUGCAAAGCAUGACAAGUUUUUCCUUGGUUCAGAGUUGCGUACUCCGCAUGAGAAACUGCGUUUCUGCAUGACAGGCAAUAGAAGCCCUUUGCGGUCGCGCAAUACAGAGCUCAGAGUCAUGCCGGACUAGCAUGACAAAUCCCGGAAUUUUCCAGACCCAGACAUUUUUGCAUUUGAUACUACAUGGCACGGUACAAAAGAAGAGCUGAGGAGGGGAAGGACCAAAGUGUCAUCGAGGCGGAAGAAAAUCGUGCGCCGUCGAGCUCUAUCCUACGCAGAAGUAUCGUACUCGUAGUGAUUGCAGCCAUGCAUGACAAAUUUAUUUCUCAAGUUAGACCCGCAUAUACAAAUUUCAUUUCUCAUGCUUCGGAAACUUGUCAUGCAAUAGAAAUAGUUUCUACUAGUACAACGAUACUUUUGCACAGGAUAAGCUCAAGUAGCCGGCCAGUGUCCGCGAGAAGGAGCAGCAGCACGACGACGCCAGCAGCUGCUAUGGGAGUGUCAGGAUUGAAAUCGUCAAGGUUAAAAUUAUAGUUUGUCAUGCAUAAAAUGCAGCCCACGAAGUGCCUGUCUUGCAAAAGUAGGCAAGGGGUGCAGAUUGUAAGCCUGUUGAGGGGUAGAAACUGAGCUGCUACAAACAUUAGCAUGACAAAAGGCGUCUUCCUUACCCAAACAGCAUGACAAAAUGGAUUUCGGUUCUACCCAAAUUUGUUAUGCGCCACUUGGAAACUGGGUCAGUCACAACUUUCAUCCAUUUUAUGCAUCACAAGUUAUUUCAACUUUGUCGAUUUCAAUCCUGACACAUCCAUAGCAGCUGUAGGAGUGCCCAGCACGACCACGAGUGGAGGGGUCAUGAAGUCCGAUGUCGCAGCUCCAGGUGGAUCCGCAGCUGCGAUAUGGCAGCGUCAGGAUUGAAAUCGUCAAAAUUGAAAUUAGUUUGUCAUGCAUAAAAUGCAAUGCAGAAAGUGCUUGCCUUGUAGAGUAGGCAAGGGAGGCAGAUUGUAAGCCUGUUCCGAGGCGGUAGAAAUAGAGCUGCUAUUAAAGUAGCAUGACUACAUCAAAAGGCGCCUUCCUUAUCCAAACAGCAUGACUACAAACUGGAUUUCAGCUCUACUCAAAUUUCUCAUGCGCCGCUUAGAAAUUGGGCUUACAACUGGUAUCGAUUUUAUGCAUUACAAGUUAUUUCAACUUUGUCGAUUUCAACUCUGACACAUCCAUAUGCGAUGGGGCGAAAUAAGGGGUCGAUGAAUAAGCUCCAUCCGCAGGAGCAGCAGCAAAUGGUGAAUCAGCAGAACGAAGAAUCUAUCCUGUGCAAAAGUAUCGUACUCGUAUAAAUGCAAAUCUUGCAUUACAAAUUUUUUUCUUAAGGUAAAUCCGCAUGACAAAUUUUAUUUCUCAUGCUGAGGAAAUUUGUAAUGCAUUUAUACGAGUGCGAUACUUUUGCAGUUCAUAGAAUCCGCCCUGACAAUACAGGAACUGCGGGAGACCAUACUCCUCAUGAGCGAGAAAAUCAAAAAGCUGGAGCAACUGGCUCGGAUAAAGGACGCCAAGAUCGACAAUUUGCAGCAGAAAUUGUCGCAGACUGCGGGGGGAGGCGGGGUGGGUGGGUCGUCGCUUCUUGCCAGAUGAGAUCUUACAACUUUUACAUCAAAAACGGUAAGAACAGGAGGGCCUGUAGAUGAAAAAUUCGACUCUUCAUAUUUAUCCCGACCUAGUAGAACUGCUAGUUGUACCGCGUCACUCUCAUUUCCACAUGAUGUCUUUUUUUUUCAAGAUAGAAGCAAAGGCAAAGCUCCUUCUGCACCUGCAGGAUGACCUACAACUUCCAUAUUAUUGACCACCUUUGUUAUUGAACAGUAGCAGAGCAGAAACAAAGACGAAACCAUUUCAGCAGAGCAGAAAGACUAAGGCCAGCACUCUGACUGUGCGAGGCAGAAUUAUUAAUAGAGCCUCGUACAACCCCCUCUACGUGCCGCACGGUGGAGGUCGACGCCGCACAGAAAUUAUGAUUUAUUAUACAAGCAGAAACAGAACAGACGCCGACGUGGACGUCGUCGUACAAAUAGGUUUUUUUGAAUACAAGCGCUGUGGUAGUAAUUAAAAUUAUCUGGUGGUAACCCAAAGAAGCCAAAACCUAAUCCUAAAGUACACUUGACCUCCACAACUGGGAUCAUUGUUGGCGGGGCCACGCCGCCUCAAUUGGUACUACUAAGUGAAAAAACACACUGUAGUACUUUUUACGCAAAGUACAUCAUGUCGAUGUGCAGCUACGACGUCGCACUAGGAGAUCAAAUUGGUAGUGGCUGGACCUGGAGCCGCACUUGAAAUAAAAAUGUG